AUGGAAGUCGCAAUUAUCGGGAUUGGCCUUCGCUUCCCCGGGCGCGCUAGCAACCCUGAGGGUCUAUGGGACGUGCUCAUCGCAAAGGAGAGUACGUGGUCGCCAAUUCCCCUCGAGAGAUUCGGGCCGAAGGCGUCCCGCAGUGAACAGUCGACUCGAAUCAAUGGGGGCCAUUUCUUGGAGCGGGGCCUUGCUUCUUUUGAUGCAGGGUUCUUUCAGGUGGCGGACAAGGAAGCUGAGGGAAUGGAUCCACAGCAGAGAUUACUCUUAGAGGUGUCCUAUGAAGCGCUGGAAAACGCUGGUAUCCGGUUGGGGUCGAUAUCGGGGACCAAUACGGCCGUAUAUAUUGGCAAGUUUACGCAGGACUAUGACAUUCUCCUGGCCAAAGAUGGAGUUAGCACAGGGCGCUAUGCCGCCACUGGAACCGGACAGGCAAUUCUGGCUAACCGGCUGUCAUAUUUCUAUAAUCUGAACGGUCCUAGUGUGACUAUCGAUACGGCUUGUUCAGCCAGUCUGGUUGCAUUGCACCUGGCCCGCCAGACUAUCCUCACUGGGGAAUCAGAGUUGGCUAUUGUUGGAGGUGUUAACUUGAUGUGCGAAUCGAGCACAAUGGUUUCUCUCGACGAGCUUGGGGUAUUGUCCACAAAGGGCCGUUCAUAUCCCUUUGAUUCGCGCGCCGAUGGCUAUGGUCGUGGGGAAGGCUGUGCGUCGCUGAUCCUGAAACGGUUUGAUGCCGCUGUGCGGGACGGUGAUCCAGUCAGGGCUGUUAUUCGGGGGUCUGGCGUGAAUUCGGAUGGACGCACCACAGGUCUAACGUUUCCAAAUGGGCAAGCACAGCAAACUCUGAUGCGAAAUGUCUAUCAAAAUGCGGGACUGGAUUCGCGGGACACAGUUUUUGUUGAGGCACAUGGAACUGGGACGCCAACGGGUGACCCAAUUGAAGCACGGGCGAUCCAUGAAGUUUUCCGACAAAAUAAAGCGCCUCCCCUAUACCUCGGGUCGGUCAAGGGGAAUAUUGGCCACCUAGAGGGAGCUAGUGGAUUGGCCGGCGUGAUAAAGGCGGUCCUAUCCCUUGAAAAGGGUCUGAUUCCGCCAACCUGUAAUUUUGAGCACCCAAAUCCGCGGAUUCCUUUAGAACAAUGGCAACUUCAGGUUCCAGAAACGAUACUGAAGUGGCCACCCAAUGCUGUCCGGCGAGCAUCAGUCAGCAGUUUUGGAUAUGGGGGAACAAACGCCCAUGUGAUCCUCCAAGGUGGCUACGACUUAAAUAAAAUGAUACCCUUACCUUCUAUCCAUGCGGAAGCACAGUCGCCCAAUAAUCAGAUGUCUGGAGCCCAGUUAGUCCAGAACAUAGCAUCCUACGUGGGUUCUCGUCCCUACGGAGACCGAGAAUUCAUGAGUAGUCUGGCAUAUACACUAUCUGAGAAGCGAUCACUGCUGCGCUACCGAUUGGCACUCUCAGCCUCAACACCAGCGGAGCUUGAGACGGUCUUGCGUCGAAGUCCUCAGAAAAUGAACAAGUCAGUCAAAACCCCCUAUCUGGGAUUUGUCUUUACUGGGAUGGGAGCACAAUGGAUAGGAAUGGGGUUGGAACUUCUGCAGCAAUAUCCUGUAUUUGAAAAGUCCUUUACUCGGGCCGACGCGUGGCUGAGAGCAUUGGGGUGUCCUUGGACAGCAACUGGAGAAGCGGCCAAAACUGGCGAGCAGAGUCUGAUAAAUGAGCCCCAAAUCAGCCAAGUGCUGUGUGUGGUCAUUCAGAUGGCUUUGGUGGACUUGCUGGCGUCUUGGAAUGUUUAUCCCACAGCUACCGUGGGUCACUCCGGGGGGGAGAUCCCAGCCGCGUAUGCUGCGGGUGCUCUCUCCUUUGAAUCGGCCCUCAAAGUUGCAUACUUUCGAGGCUUGCUAUCGUCCCAACUGGCUGAGAAGGAUCGUAAUGUGGGUGGCAUGCUUGCGGUGGGAUUAACCCCAACGGCGGCCGAGUCGUACUUGGGCAGAAUAACCAAAGGCAAGGUCAGUGUGGCCUGUUACAACAGCCCUUCCAGCAUCACAGUUGCCGGCGAACUUCCUGCUCUGGAAGAACUCGAGCAGCAGCUGUCUCAGAACAACAUCUUCCUGAGGAGAUUAAAUGUCAGUCUGGCCUACCACUCACCACAGCUACACCAAGUUGCCGAUAAGUGUAGAGAGGUGCUCCAGGACAUUCAACCUCAAACAAAUGACAGGGUGAAAUUUUACUCCUCGGUUGAAGGAGGAGAACUGCCUACCAGUGCCCUUGGGACUGAAUACUGGGUGCGAAAUAUGACCUGUCCAGUUCGCUUCUCAGCUGCAUUAGAAAAAAUGUAUCAAGACUCCAGAAGAAAAGGAAAUAUAAUCAGCAUGCUACUUGAAGUGGGACCACAUUCUGCACUUGCAGCACCGAUCCGACAAACCUUGGACAUUCUGAAUCCGGGGGACAAACCUACAUAUGCCUCGUGCCUGAUCCGCAAUGUAAAUGCUGUAUCGACAAUGCAUGCUGCGGCAAGCGCCUUAUUCACCGUGGGUUGCCCGAUUGACGUGCCCCAGGUGAACGGGCAUGGUGUCUCUGCAACAUCGCCCAAGGUUUUAGUCGACCUUCCCCCUUAUCCGUGGAACCAUAGCACAGAGUAUUGGGCGACACCCCUUCUGAAGCCUGUUGACUAUCCACAGAUGGACUUCGAUACAUCACUAUCACACCCGCCGACCACUACUGCCGAUUGUGGCAGUCUUCUGGGCAGGUUCGAGUCAAAUCCACAGCGUCACUCGUUCACGUGGAGCCGCUCUAUUCGCGUAUCUGACGUGACGUGGGCUGAACAAUAUAUAAUUAAUGGCGGCCUAAGCUGUCCUCCCGCUUCUCUGAUCUGGACCGUGAUCGAGGCAUUGCUUAAUGUUACCGCAGAAGGCUUGGGAUCGAACACAGUUGAUCUACGGGAUGUUCAUUUGGUAAAACCCUUGGUGUUCGAAAACCGGCUUCAAGAUAUUGAGACAAAACUCGUGCUUAUCGAUUCAAUGUCAAAAGAUGAGUCAGAUAUAUCUGCCCGAUAUGUGUUCCAUCUCAUGUCAAAAACUGGGAAUGAGUUGUGGAGUGAUCACCUUCGUGGUUCAGUUGCACUCGCCAAUGAUUUGAUUCUUCACAGUCCGUCGGCUUCUGUCCCUGAAGCAGUAUGUAGUGACCCGGUAGAUAUCGAGAAGUUUUAUCAACAGCUCGGUGGUCUAGGGCUGUGUCUCGGACCAUCGUUUCGGACAUCUAUAGAAAGCUCAAUAUCCGCGACCACAUUGAACGCACACUGCCUGGUUGGUCCACCUAACAAGGUGUUAUGCAAGACUGAAGCGCUGGUCACCUCACUCCAGAAUGUACUGCAUGUGGUGCUUCCAGCCUUGAUUUCGCAUGGUUUAACUCCGGCAUGGUUGCUCGGUAACCCAGCUUCUAUUGCACAUAUGACAUUACGAACCGGGGCCUGUGAUAUAUUUAGAGGCCAGCAGGAAGUGAGCUGCAUGUCGCGCCUGAAAGACAAGAACAAAGUCGAAUGUGACAUCGUGGCAUUCGGGGGAGAGGGACAAAUAAUAUCACAGCCGCUGAUGCAAUUACGGGGUGUGACUAUUAUUCUCGCGAACGGUCACAGUCCCGGUCUCGUAUCUACUCAGAGCACGGCCGGUCAACUACAUAGAUCCAUCUGCAGUAAUACUCGAUCUCUAGCCCAGCACCAACAAGGCAAGGAAGUGGAUUUACGCGGUGAACCAGACUCGACGAUCUCGCACAUGAUCCAUGCUUUGGACAAGGCGGCCUCUUUCUUUGUGCAGUCCUCGCUCGAUAGGAUUACACAAGAUGAUAUUGGGAGGAUGACGGAGUAUCAUCGGCAACUUUUCGAUAUGCUCCAGUCUAUCCAGAGCCAUUCAGAGUACGGACCCGGGGCUUGUAGUGGCCCAGAAGAACAGAAGAGAACUCUGGCUGAUGUAAAGAAGUCCGUCUUGAACUGUGGGCCGGAGGGCAAAAUGCUGUGCCGAAUUGGUGAGAAUCUGGUGCGCAUCUUUCGACGUGAAGUAGAUCCACUUUCUUUAAUGUUGGAAGGGGAUCUUCUCUCCGACUAUUAUCGCUCUGCGCUCGGUGUGCCUCGUUGUCAUGCCAUACUUGCUGAUCUUUUGGACAAACUUACUACUACCCACAAAAACCUGGCCAUUCUAGAAGUGGGAGCCGGAACAGGAGCUUCCACUCUUGCAAUACUUCAGGCCUUGAGCAGGCACGAAGCAGGACAAACUCCACUCUGGCGCUAUGACUUUACAGAUAUCUCACCAGGUUUCUUUGAGAAGGCACGAAGAGCGUUCAAAUUAUGGGCAAAAUAUAUGAGCUACAGGGUUUUCAACUUGGAACAUGAUGCCGUAGCUCAAGGCUUCCAACGCGAGACAUACGAUGUCAUUGUAGCGGCAGAUGUCAUUCAUGCGACAAAGAGCAUAAAAAAGACCCUGGAAAACCUGAGAGGGCUACUAAAGCCUGAGGGCAAGUUGAUCUUCGUAGAUCUUACCAAUCCCCCGCUGAGGUGGUCAAUGGUCUUCGGUACAUUGCCUGGUUGGUGGCUCGGGAUAGAAGAUGGUCGAGUGACUGGCCCUACACUCACCGAAUCCCAGUGGGAUAAUGUCCUUCGCAAGACGUCUUUCUCAGGGCUGGACAUGUCGGAGCCAGACUUCGCUAACCCUAAGGAGCAUGUCCACAGCGUAAUGGUGUCAACCGCGAUAAAUAAUUCUCCACACAAGUAUCCAGCUCGCAUAAACGUUCUAACUUACAGAGCUGAUAAUAACUCACCAAUGUCGUUGGUUUCGUCUCUCAAGAAGAGAGGAUUUGAGGUAACGACCGGUGACCUAACCUCGGAUAUCUCAGUUUUCGCGGAUAAAAUCUGUAUUAUCAUCAUCUCCCCCUGGUCAAAACAGCUUUCAGAGACCCAGGAAAUGCUUCGGCGAGCGUCUGAAGUAGUGGCCUGUUGCCGUGAACUGCUCUGGGUAACACGCAAUGCACAGUCACCAGGAAGCACGCCUGAUGCUUGCCUUACAACCGCCUUCGCUGUACACCUACGAAAAUGCUACCAACGGAAAAGCAUCGUGACAUUGGACAUGCAAGAUGAAGACAGCUGUUUUGAGCAAGAAAUAUCCGACGCCGUUAACUUUAUUCUCGACGCAACCAUUCUCAACCCAGGCUGGACAACGGAGAGUGGCGCGGACUUUCGGCACCAGCAUGGCCGUAUUCAAACGCACCAACGCACUCCCAUUCCUAUUUCUAUUCCUACUUCAGUGGUAGAUCAAGUUAAUGCGGAAGGCACAAGAUUGAGUCUCAUGCCACCGGAGCGUAAGCCGGUCUGGUCGAACGCAGUCCAUUCCAGUAAGCCUGAUGACGGGCUCAGCACCGAUGAAUUUAACGCCAUCCGCGACAGCUUACUGGAUGAGUUUUCGAAACACAUUACAUCUCUUGGGAGCCCUGAAAUAGUGGUGAAGAGAGUCAGACAAUGUCUUGCAGAGACGACCGGUGGAGGCAAAAUGACCCGGUGUUUCAUGCCUUUAGAGACUGGGCGCCGCUGUCUCUCUGGAAAACUAUCCAACUUUCAAGCCCGUUGCUUGUCUAUCCUUGGAUGGAUUGUGGAGAUCGUCCAUGCUGCAAUCCUGAUGGAAGAUGACAUGAUGGAUGCAUCCAUUUUUCGACGCAGCGUACUCUGUCGCCAUCUUCAGCCAAACAUCGGUAUGACAGCGAUCGCCGAUGCGCGCAUGUUAAGAUCAUCCAGUCGCUUUCUGCUUCGACUGCAUUUUCAAGAUCACCCAGCGUAUAAUCAACUUCUCCAGCUCCUGGACACCAUGGAUUUCCAUGUUGACCUGGGACAAAUUACAGAUACCCAUCUAGCAAACACUACGUUCCUUGGGUUCCUACAUUUUCAUCGUGAAACAUAUAAUUUUAUUAUCUCUCACAAAACAGCCUGGUACAGCUUCUACCUCCCGGUAGCUCUCGCUGCGCACUACCUGCAACUCCCUGUUACGCAGGGCUUAGCACAUAUUGAAAACACAAUGGUUGCCCUGGGAAAGUACUUCCAAGCCCAAGACGAUUACCUUGACCUCUUUGGGGACCCUGCAGUGACUGGCAAGAUGGGAAACGAUGUGCACGAGCGGAAGCUCGCGUGGCCUAUUAUUGAAGCUCUUCAGAUAUGUAACCGACAAGAUAAGCUGCUCCUGGAGGCUGCCUACAGCGAGGGAAACGUGGAGCAGGUGAAAUCAGUUCUCACAUCAAUGGGGAUGCGGCAGGUGUACGCAGAGUUUGCACAAAACUCGUACCAGCAAAUUCGAGCCCUGAUUGACUGUAUUGACGAAAGUCAAGGUUUGAAGAAGGAGGUUUUUGAAUAUUAUCUUGAAAUGACGCAUCAGCGACAGAAAUAG